GAAUGGAAUAAGCAAUCCAUCACAUAGUGUGACACGUUCCCCAAAACACACACACACUCAAAACCUGAGAGUGGUGUCAGAAUGUUUAUUGAAGAGGGCAAUCUGACUGGCUGAACCGACCUGGGUACCCGGUAACUUUUAACAUAAGCAAACAGAGAUACUGUAAACCUGCUGUGCAUGGAAACUGUGUUUAUACUUAAAUUGGACUUGGAAGACUGAAAUAACUUACUAGAAAAAUAUAGCUUAAGUUCCCAGGAGCUCUGAAUGACCUUGAGAUCAUUCUGAAAAAAACAGAAAUAUGUAGACAUAUACAGUGAUGCAAACAGAGUUACACAAAUAUUUUUGAAGUCAGCUAAUAAAAUACAUUUCCUUCCCUAUUUUUUAUGAUAGCUUUGCAAACAUACUUUUAAAACCACACUUUUCAGCCCCACCAAGCAUUUUUUUUGCCACUCGCGUUAUCAGAACUGAUGGCAAGCAUUCUGCAAUGUAAGUGCUGCCUCAUUUACUUCUGAGUGAGUUUUGUAAUUGCUGGAUCUGUUCCUUUUAGAUAGACUGCUGAAUUUCUUACUACCACAUGACAAGACAACAAACUUUAUUAGUGAUGCAGUGGAAGUACAGAGGAAGACAAAACCAAAAAAAGAUACAAGAAACUUCAGACUUUUCUGAGUGCGGCCAGCACAUUGACAAAAUAUUUUGAUUUAUAUGGCACCUAAAGUGGUGUACAUUGGUACAUCUGCAUGGAAAGUGAUCACAAAUCAGAAAUAACAACCACCACAAAUUGUGAACUCUGUUGCUCAUGAACCUAGAAAAUAAUUAUUAGGAGUAUGAAAGCACCCAGACUAAUGUAACCUAAUGUUGCAUAACUGUGAUCAAAUGUCUACAAAACCCAGGAAAUUGCUAAAUCUAAAAGCGUUUUGCUUAAAAAAUAAUGUGAUAAAAGAAGAGAGGAUAACUAUUUUAGAACUUGAAAACAGCCAGAAGAGUCUAACCGAGCUGCUUUUACUCUUCUGCCAUGGGCUGGUGCAUGGCCAGUAUUGGAAGCUGACUGAAAAGGAAAGUUGGAGAUGCAUCGAGUGAUGGAUUGCAGGUUAUCCACCAAUCUGAAUUUGUACCUGCAUUUUCCACACCACUCAUACAAUCUCCAUUUAGCAGGAAAGCACCACACAUGCAGGCAGGCAGAAGGGACUGUGCUUUUCUCAGCAAGGUGCUCAUCCUGCAAAGCCCGAUGGUGUCCAGGAGUGGGAUGACCUGGGAGCACUUAGAUCGCAUCAAGGCUCUGGAGGAGGGGGGCGGGUUUCAGUUCAGUGCCGGCAUAUACAUUUUGGUGUAUAGUGUGGGAAUAACUGACCCUCGGAGAAAAUCCGCCAAGCUCCUGAGAAAACAGGAUGGUGAAUAUGUGUUUGUGGAGAAUAAUUCUACUCCGUGACUGGAGGUUGUAGCGAAGUGGGUGGGGGCCGGUCUCUUCUCCAAUGCCUGCAGCGAGAGGAAAAGAAUAAAUGGCCUUAAGAGAGGAGAGAUUCAGAAGAGACAGCAGAAUUUUUUUUUUUCACUGUUAUAAUGGUCAGACGUUGCAACAGGCUGCCCAGGGAGAUGGUGAAGUCACCAGUUCAAGAAGCGUCUGGAUUUGGAACUGGGUGACGUGGUUAGUGGUUUAAGGGUUACACGGGCAGUGCGAGGCGGACGCUUGAACCGGAUGAUCUUAAAGAUGUCUUCCAACCGUGGUGAUUCUGUGAAUAAAGGCGGCGAGGCUCCUGCGUCCCGGUUUAGGGGGUGAAACUCAGCAUUCCGUGAUUCCGGCUCCCACUGAGGGCAGAGGCCGCAGAGCGCCGCGGCCGCGUCCGUCAGCUCCGGUGCCGCUCCCGGCCCGUCCGCCGGCGGCUGCGCGCGCCUCCCCUUCCUCCUCCUCCUCCUCCCGCCGCGGCCACUGCCCCCGCGGCAGGGAUGGAGGCCAUCGAAGAGCUGGCGGUCCAGCCUUGCACCUCCUCCCUCUACCUGCGGCCUUUCCGCCUCUCUUACCGGCAGAAUGGCACUAAGAAGUUCUGGGAUUUUAUGAGGACACAUGACAGUGUGUCAAUCCUGAUCUUUAAUACUUCUCGGGAGUGCUUUGUUGUGGUGAAGCAGUUCCGCCCAGCUGUUUACAUGUGUGAAAUAGAAAGGCAUCAUCCUCAAGUCUUUGAGAAUCAGGACAAGGAGAGCUUCUCUUCCCUGGAAAAUCCCUUACCUGCUGUGGUUGGAGUGACCUAUGAACUCUGUGCUGGCAUUGUGGACAAGCCAGGCCUUUCUUUAGAAGAAAUUGCUUGUGAGGAAGUUUUGGAAGAGUGUGGCUAUCGUGUUUCCAUUGCAGACCUCAGGAGGAUCACUUCUUACAGGUCUGGAGUUGGUGUGACAGGUUCUAGACAGACUCUGUUUUAUGCAGAAGUAAAUGACCAGAUGAGAACCAGUGAAGGAGGUGGCCAGCCUGAAGAAGGAGAGCUGAUUGAAGUUGUGGAAAUACCUUUAGGAGAAUCCAUGAAGUUUGCUUAUGAUGAGACAUUCCCGAAGACAAUGGGUGUCAUCUUCAGCUUCAUGUGGUUCCACAGCAACAUAGCACCUAAACUACCCAAAAAGUAAAGAACCAUGAUUUUAAGGAAAGCUUUUCUGCUGGUGCUGUGCAUGCAGAAAGCUGCAAAUCUUCCUGCCUCAAUCAACUCAGCUUCUCAUAAGACAGAUUUUUCUUUAAAUAAACUUGGAAGUAUAAUCUGAAUUAAAAUCUUCACACAGUUUCCAUUAUUAGCAAAAUGCAAACUGGAAUCGCUGGGGCCAGGAUUUGCCUUGGAGAGGCAAAUGUUGAUUUUUGUGCAAAGGUUAAGUGAAUGUGUCCAAUCUCCUUUCUCGCAGCACUGUUUUGAGGAGCUGCCCAAGCCCUCAGCACAGCUGCCUCAGGAGCCUCUCACCGUGUCUGUACAUAUUGGCAAUGCAUAUUCAUUGUUGGUUUUGAUAUUUUUUUUGAAGAAAGCAGCAAACCUUAAUAGUCACAGAUACCUUAACAACGUUCCUGAGUUCAGCACAGCUCUCGGGGAGCAGCUUUCUCUGUGGUGUGUGGCUCCUGUGCAGAGGAGGAGGCGUUUGCAUUUCUGAACAUGCAAACCUUUAUUUCAUAAGCAAACAGGUCUGUAAAUCCUGCUAACGUGUCAAUGCAGCAGCUGUAAGAUUAUGUGCUCCUGUUUGUUCCCAUCACAAUGCUGGGCAGCAGUGAUGGUGAUGGAGGGGUGAAGGAUGGGGGCUUCUGCUGGAACACAUGCUUCUUUGUUUGCUUUAUGGGCAAUAGUUGAUAAAUUAGAUCAAACUUUGUCCCCUAGAGCGGGACCAGAGAGGCCAAAUUCUUUUAAUUUGACGAUGAGGGAUUAACACAAGGGAUUUCUCUGAGCCUUGCUGUGGUCUCAAUUUCCUCACCACCCAAAUGGGAGGAAUGGGACUUACCCCUCAGAUAACACUUCUUGGAAUCUAAUGAUUGGAAGUUCUUUAUUUUGAUUUUAUCAUGAUUUGUGCAGUGCAACCUGCACAGACGUACUGAGGAAUGGCUUUUAAAAUCAACGUCUUGAUUUAAUAAGUUAAUCUAAUUUGAUUUAAUAAAGUGGUCUAAUUAGGACGUAUAGUACUUGUUCUAUCAGUGUAGUUUGGAUGUGGACUGUUUGUCAUGUGAAACUGUUAAGAGCAUGAAUGAAACAGAAUGAAGACUGGCAAUUUAAUUAUGCACUGGGUUAUGUUAUUCACUGACUUAAUCAACAUGGCACAUUAUAAAUGCCUCCAGGAGUACUGAGGUGCUAAGUGUGUUUAGAAGAGAACUGCAGAUAUGCAAACUUGAACUUAACAGCUGAAAUAAAUGCAGCAGAGGUGUC